AUGACGAAUCACGGCGAAGAGAGCACGCGGGCGCGUUGCUCCGAAUCAAGCCAGGCAGGGGUCGAAGAGCCCAAUCUCUCAUCCACCGCAGAGCGUGUCGCCGAGCAAGACACCGACGACAACAAGAAGCGGAAGCACGAAGACGACGCGGAGAACGAGCAGGCUGCCAAGCGUCGCGCCGACGAGCAGGCAAUCAAACGCCAGGCGGACGAGCAGCUGGCGCGGUUGAAUCCCGACUUCGUUAGCUGGUUGCGAGCGCAGGGAGGCCGUUCGACGAUUCCCACGGGGCAACCAGCAGCGAUUAUGGGGAUUGAGCCCCCGAGCAAGCCGGCAGCGCGUGAGGAAGGAGGGCGCGUGGAGCGUUGGCUGGCGGCGCUGCCGAGUCCGCGGCGUCUCUUCGAUCCGUUUGAACACGACGAUGUUCAAACCGAGGCCAGCGAGGGUGAUGAGAGCGAGGAAGAGGACGGGGAAGAGGCAGACGGGCAGGCAUCAGGAGCGGUAUACCAGAGUCAAAGAUACCAGGGUGAUGAAGAUAUCCUGGGCGAUUGA